AUGGCCUCUGCCGCAGAGACAUCUGACGCCUACCGCCACUUGGGCAUGGUAUUUUACAAGCGUGCCGUAAAAUAUCUACAAGACGACCACCUGGGUGCAUCUAUAACACUAUGUUCUGCUAUUAGAGCUGCACAGAUGCUAAACCUGCAUCAAAUUGACGCCAAAGGGCCGGAUAGGGGCCAGAAUGUUGACUGGAUAGGAGUCGAAGAACGACGCCGUACAUGGUGGACCAUAUUCUGCUAUGAUCGCUUUACCUGUGCCACGACUGGAUGGCCGGCACUUAUACAUGAUCACAACAUCAAAACUAGGCUUCCAGCCUCAGAAAAAGCUUAUGAGAACGGCCAAGAGGAGAAUACGCGCUUCCUCGGAGACCAGUUACUCGAAUCCGAACAACACUCCACCUUUGCAGGAGCAGUGCUCGCAGCGCAUAUCUUCCACCGCACCAUAGAGCAUACUGGAACGAAUAACAGCCAGGAUCAAGAGGGUCAGGACUUUAACAGCGACUUGUACUGGCAGAGACAUAAAGGCAUUGAUAAUGACCUCAAGUUCAUGUUGUUGAUGCUGCCAAAGAAUCUCUGUCUUCCUGCGAACUACAGGACUCACAACGCCAUUUUUGUCAACGUCAUGUUACAGACGGCCACUAUCUGCCUUCACAGAGCAGCUUUGUGGAGGAUGAAGUCGAAUUUGCAGGGGCUACCGAGUUACCUGAUCCGGCUAUCUCAAGACCGUCUACUUCCGGCAGCUGAAGAAAUACUUAACAUUUUUAGAAUGGUACCCGAUCUUGGUGCUACGUUUACUAACCCCCUUAUUUGCUUUGCUGCAUAUAUGGCUGCUCUGGUAUUUAUGGCGAGUACAUCUCCGACGGAGCCUAAUGGAGAGCAUGGUCAGAAUCUAGAUUUUAUACUCAAGAUUUUGGCUGCUUUUGGUAAUACAAAUCUCGUCGCUGAUGCUUUGGCGAACGAAAUUGUCAAGGAAAUGAAGCAAUGUGAUAUCUCAUCUCCUUCUAUGAACAAGGUCAAUCUACAGGAGACGCCACUAGAUAUCCCAUUACUCGCUACGCAACGUCUGUAUUCCUAUCCUCAGGGUUCAUUCCCUUGA